AUGACGUUAGAGCUGCUGGAUGUGAAUGACAAUGUUCCACAGUUCCCUCAAUCAUUUUAUACUAUACGUGUAACGGAGAAUAACGCACCUGGGGCCUUGCUGAGUUCACUAUCUGCGUUUGACCCUGACCUCCAUGAAAACCAGUAUCUAGUUUAUUUCAUCCUAGAGAAGGAGAUAGCCAACACCUCCAUGUCCAUGCUGUUCUCCAUCAAUCCAGAGAACGGGAACCUUUACGCACUAAAAACUUUUGACUAUGAGAUCGAGAAGGAGUUUCUUUUCCACAUCGAGGCCAGAGACUCUGGCUCUCCUCCACUGAGCAGUAACGUGACCGUGCACAUCAUUAUUGUGGACCAGAACGACAACGCUCCGGUUAUUGUGUCUCCGUGGCGCGCGCACGGCUCUGUGGUGGAGGAAAAGAUCCCCAGAUCCACCGAUAAAGGCUCUCUGGUUGCCAAAGUGAUAGCCUUAGACACCGACUCGGUGCACAACUCUCGGAUCACCUACCAGUUCCUACAGGUGACUGACGCCACCUUGUUCAGUCUGGACCAGUACAACGGAGAGAUCCGGACUAUGAGGAUGUUCAGUUACAGAGAUCCGCGCCACCAGCGACUGGUUGUUGUUGCCAAAGACAACGGGCAGCCUGCUCUGUCUGCCACAGUCACCAUCAAGCUGUCCACAGUGGAGACUGCCGUGAAGGCCUACUCUGACAUGACUGAGGUGCCUCUGGAAUACGACAUCUUUUCAGACCUAAACCUGUAUUUGGUCAUCGGUCUGGGCUCGGUGUCAUUUCUCCUGCUCAUCACCAUAUUGGUCACCAUCGUGCUCAAGUGUCAGAAACCCAAGCCCAGCAAAGCGGCUCCUCCCUGCAGGAACAGUGUGAUCAGUGAGAGGAACUCCACCAUUGCAGAUUCCACUCUGGUCUCCAACGAUGCCUACUGGUACAGUCUGUUUCUAGCGGAGACCAGGAAAGGGAAGCUGGUGGUUAGACAGCCUGUGCCAAAGGGCUCCAGAUACAUCGUGUCCAGUCUACCGAGAGGCACAGGACUGACAGACACUAGCGACUCAGCUGCUUCCACUCUGCAGGCAUCCACAACCAGCAGUAGCAGUUCCACGUAAGGCCAUACCACCAACUGCAUAACUUGACUGAUGCAGACAGGAAAGCUUCACCGAGGAAAGGAGAAACCCCUGCCCAUGAUCGCACCCCAUAUCCAUCCUGCUCAGUCUGAUACUUGUGCCCCAUAAUGUUUAGUUGUCAUGCUAUAAAACCAAAUGGACUACGGUGGCCCUCCCCCUCUCCUUCUUCAAGCACAUGAAAAGCCAAUCAGUGAUGCCUCUCUGUCCAUUCAAUGUGCAUGAUAAGACUGCAUGGCUUCAAUCACAAUCCAAAACCUUCAUACAAAAAAAAAAUAAAUUCAAGAGGAGACACUCACAAAGAAACAGACAAAAAAUUACACCUAUGGAUAUUCAAAGAAGCCUCAACAAGAAGUACUAGAGUGGACACAGGACUGUUGAAAUGCCUUUAAGAGACUGUUUCCCCUCUCUAAAAAUGAAACACAUGUUGGAUAUUACAUUUUAACCUCUGUGCUUUGUCUUGCUACAUAACAGCAUUCAUGUAUAUAAUAAAAAGUGAAACAGCACAAUUAACUAACUGUCAGAAAAGCACCAACCUACAAUUUCAAAGGGGAAUCAGUAUUUUAUAAAUGUGGUAGCUUUUAGUAGCUGUAUGUUUUGUACUUGACUUUGUGCUUUGUAUGUGAGCUAGGCCUAAAUAUAUGAAUGAGAGUUCUAAGAGAUUAAAGUUAACCAGUACAUCAAACAGAUAAAUGUGAGGCCUUUAGCUAUUAUGUAUCUGCCUUUCAGUUGUUUUUGCAUGGGAUAGUCAAAGUACUUUGAUAGCUGUAGAUAUUUUACAAUAUUGAGCAAGCAAAUUUCUGUAGUUAGGCCUCACUUUAUUUUUUUUAGCCGAGACGGAAGAUUACAUUGUAAUGGGACCACAUUGAAGAAGUACAACAGCAUACUAUUUUCAUCCAGUGUCCUAAGAUAUUCAGAAAAGGUCAACAGAUCUGUAUUCUCAUUCCUUUUCCCUAGUUUCUAGGCAAGAGGAAAGUGGCUAGCAGCAGUGGGACAUUCUUAUGGAUUCAGUAUGUUAGUGUAUAAUGUGAUUGAAUGUUAUGUUCCCUUGGCUAUCACUUAAGAAUAUGAGUCUUUAGGGGUUUGUACAGUGAGUCUCUGAGAAGGGGUUGAUUAAUAUCUCCUUAUGGCUACUGUAUAUACAUCACAUCAACAUCACCAUGUACUUUCAUUUUUUUUUUAAGCGUAACUCUGGAUGUUACUUAAUUUCAACAUUUUCUGAGACUGUGUAACAAGUUGAAAACUCAACAUGAAGAUGUUGAUGUUAUUAAUGUUUACUUUACAAUACUGAAACAACACAGCAGUGGUUGAUUUCACCCAUUGAAAGCUGUGCUCAUGUGUAUUACUGACUACUGUAUGUAUCUGCAUAUGCAACACACAUAAAUAGGGAUACAGAUAUGAGUGACAUUUACUGUAUAAUAUGUCUUUAUCUAUAACUAUGCCUUUCUUUUUCAUUACCAAUGCUGAACUUUUUAAGGUGAAAACAGUGUAACUUUUGUGCCAUCAGAUUUAUGAGCCAACUAGUAUGUGAAACAUUAUAAUAAUCAGACAUCAUGUAGUCAAACUCUUUAACACAGGUCACAUUACAUUACUUGUAUACAGUUGUGAUGUUUUACAGGCAAACAUAUACAGUGCUUUUGUACAGUGGUACUUUCAUGGUGCAAUAUGUGGUAACUUGUGAAAUGUGAGCUUACUGUAUGCUAUGGUCUGGUCUGUAUGAUCUAUUAAAUACAAAAACAAAACCA